CUAUUUUGUUGUUUGAUUGUUAGCCUUCCUUCUUCAGAGGGUAAGGGAGUUUCAUUCGAAUUCCGAGGGAUUCAUCAGCGUAGCAAUGGGGAAGAGAGGAGGGGUUCAGAAGAAAGGUGACAGGAGCAGGAAAAAACGGGAAGAAUACGUCGAAGAUCAAUACGAUGACGAGAUUGAUGCCUUUCAUAAGCAGAGGGAUUUUGUUCCUUUGGACGUUGACAAGGAUACUGAUGAAACGGAUGAAGAUGAUGAACUGCCAGUUUUUGAUAUAAAGGAUGAAGACGAGGAUGGCGAGGAGGACGACGAUGAUACGGAUGAUGAGGAUGCUGAAAGUGGCGGACUUGCUGCGAAGAUUAUAAGGCAAAAGAAAUAUUUGAGGGCAAAGUUUGGUGAUGUUGAUGAUGAAAUGGCUGAUGAUGACAAGGAUAAAGAUGACGAAGAUAAAAGGAUUACAUGGGGUGGAAAAAAGGGCCAAUACCAUGGUGGUGAUAAUGCCGACUUUGAGAUCCAAUCAAGCGAUGAUGAGGCCCUUGUAUUGGAGGAGGCCGAGGGGAUAAGGUUGCAGAAGGAAGCUCUAGCUUCCUAUACAGCAGCAGAUAUGGGCUUGGAAGAUGAUGAUAGUGAACAAGAGAGCGACAGAGAACUAACCUUGGAGGAAAUGAAUCUGAAAGGCAAACAUGCAUCAGAAUCCAUCAGAGAUAUGGACCCAAAGGUUGAUGCAUAUACGUCUUUUGAAGAGGUCAAGAAAGACAUUAACGCUUUGACAAAGGAGGAGCAAAUGGACGUAGUAUAUAGCUCUGCUCCAGAAUUAGUUGGUCUUUUGUCUGAGUUGAAUGAUGCAGUUGAGCAACUUGAGGAUAAGAUAGAUCCUGUUAUGAGAAAGUUAAAAGAAGGUGAAAUCACAUUGAAUGGUGGAAUCAAAUACUUAGAAGUGAAGCAGCUUCUGCUGCUGGCCUAUUGCCAAGCUAUAACAUUUUAUCUUCUUCUCAAAUCUGAGGGGCAGCCUGUCCGUGACCAUCCGGUCAUUGCCCGUCUUGUAGAGAUCAAAGCCUUAUUGGAUAAGAUCAAAGAACUUGAUGGAAACCUGCCCCCAGAUUUUGAGGAGAUUUUGAAGAAAGACAUUGCUACUGGAACAGUGGGGAAGGUCAUGAAAGAAACUGCCCCUGUGGCAUCAGGUUGUCCCGAGGCUGGUCACGUUUUAUCAUCUGCUUCUGCUGUAGUGGUCAGAGAUACUCAAGAUGCAGCUAAGCUAGAAAAAGUUGAUGCUUUGACGGAGAUCAAAAAGAAAAAAAGAGAGAAACGCAAGCUUCAGACUGCUCAAGUUGAUUUUCAAAGCGAGGAAAUGUUAAGACUUCGAGCAGCUCUCGAGCAGAAGCUGAAAAACAAAGGAGCCUUGGGUUCCGCCAUUUCCAAGCCUGAUAAAGCUCAGAAGCGUUUGAAAUUGGCGAAUGGGAAGCUGGAAACGUUUGAUGAUUAUGUAGAUGAUGAUACAGACAAUAACAAGGAUGACUCACGUGGAUUAACAUCUAAUAUUGUCUCACAGCUUGUCUCUGCUAAACGGAAGUCCAAGGUUGUAUCUGGUGAUGAUGAUUUACCAAAGAGGGAUGAUAUUGGAGAACGGCGUAGGAAGUUUGAGAUGAGAGUGUUGGCUGGAGCUGGUGUAAAGUCCGAGGAUGGUGAUGGAGAUGGAUAUGAACCUAUGGCUGAUAUAUCAGAAGAUGAUGAUGCUAAUGAUGAUGACAUGGUUGACAAUGAUGAUGAUGAUGGGUCGGAGAGCUCGGGAGAUGAUCUGUACGAACAAGCCAAGCGACGAAGAGAUGCAAAACUAGCUGCAAAAGCAGAGAUGUAUGCAAGGCCAACAUCAACAAACCCGUCGUCGUUGCCUGAAACCGCGGAUGGAAAGAGACUGAUUUCAUACCAGAUUGAGAAGAACAAAGGGCUGACACGAAAACGCAACAAGGAUCUAAAAAACCCGAGAAAGAAGUACAGGAAAAAGCACGAGCAGAAGGUGAAGAGACGGAAAGGACAAGUCCGAGAGAUGAGGAAGCCGUCGGAGCCAUAUGGAGGGGAGGCCACUGGUAUCAACGCCCGCGUCAGCCGCAGCGUCAGAUUCUAAGAGCU